CGCAAAAUGUAAUGAAUUAAAACUUGUACAAAAACAAUUUUGCCUGGUUCCUAAAGUAAAAAUAAAACUAUUGAUAGAAUAUUUACAGGUUUUCAAAUGAUGGGUAGUUUAACAUUUUACAGAAAAUAAUAUUUUUUGAAGCUCUGCGUGUAUUUUAUGCAUAAAAUCUUAAUUAAAGUAAAGUAAAGAGGAAUGUAGUGCAAUAAAAAAUACAACAUUUCACUCUAAAAUGUAGUGGAGUAGAAAAGUGUCAUGAAAUGGAAAUACUCAAAGUACGUGAGUAAAUGUACUCAGCUACUGUGCACUGUUGAUGAUAAAGGAUGGUGUGUAUUUAAACUGCAAUAUAUAUAAUUAAUUUUAUGUAACAUUUAUCUGUGUUAUUGUUUAUUUGCUAUGAAGUAAAGCACCUUAAAAACUGAAGAACAGCGCUUAACCGGUGUACUGUUCCUUUAAUGUUAAAAAAAAAUCUCAGUAGGAACCUUUACUACUACCCGUCCAUCGUUCCCCUUCGGACUCCUACGCAGGUUGGACCGUAUUACAGUCGGCUUGUGUUUGAUUUUUUUCCAGUGUAGAAUCAUCGUGUCGUUAAAUAUUUCGGUGUCCGGACCCGGUUCAGUUCAUUUAUCAUCAUUUUAACUUUCCACCGAGUUCAGACGUUAACGGACGGUCGGUGUCGGACGGUGUCGCGGAUAAAAAACGAGUUAAAAGCCGAAAAUGUACGAGUGCGAACCCGGAGCGGCGGCGUGUGUGAACCGCUACAUGCUACGUGUACGGUAACUGUUAACGUGAAGGAGGCUGCUAGCUAACGGAGAGAGAGGAACAGAGAGAGAAAUGGAGCCCGAACAAAGCGGAUUUUAACUUUUUAUUUUACCGAACAGAUGUUUAGAAGCUGUGAAAGCGAACCGCCGGAGGUUUGUGCGGGGAAAGUUAGCAGAGUUAGCCCGGAGGACGGCUCGGUCUCCGGCUACACUUGGACGUGAGAGAGGAUGGAGGAGUGAAAAACACUGGAAAUAACGGAAGCUUUUCUUUGGAAAACAACACGACUACUGCUGUUUUUGUGUUUGCCUGAGGGGUUAACGUGUGUCGGUGUUUUAGUCGUUGAUAACCGGACUGAAAACAAGCAGCUGGAAGUUUGUAAAGAUGAUGUAUUCAUCGAGAAGAAAGCCCGUCCUCUACUUCAAAGAGGAGAGGAGGUUCCUGUCUGGUAGAUGUACGGUCUACAAGCUGUUCGGCCUCUGCAUGGUGCUGGUGCUGGUCUCUCUGCUCUGGCUGCAGCUCAGCUGUUCAGGUGAAAUGUACAAAGACACACCCCUCCCCCCGCAGCAGCCGCCCUGCCCCGCUGACAGUCCGGCGUCUGCAGCGGACAACCCCUCCUGGGGUCCUCACAAACUGGCCCUCAUCAUCCCCUUCAGAGAGCGCUUCGAGGAGCUGCUGGUGUUUGUUCCCUCCAUGCACGCUUUCCUCAACAAGAAGAAGAUCCGCCACAAGAUCUUCAUCAUCAACCAGGUGGAUCACUACAGAUUUAAUCGAGCGUCUCUCAUCAACGUGGGUUACCUGGAGAGCGGUAACGACACAGACUACCUGGCCAUGCACGACGUAGACCUGCUGCCCCAGAACGACGCUCUGGACUACGGUUUCCCCGAGGACGGGCCUUUCCACGUGGCCUCACCUGAGCUGCAUCCGCUCUACCACUACAAGACCUACGUAGGAGGAAUCCUGCUGCUCACUAAGAAACAUUACCACAUGUGUAAUGGGAUGUCAAACCGGUUCUGGGGUUGGGGCAGAGAGGAUGACGAGUUUUACAGAAGACUGAGAAAAGCUGAACUACAGUUGUUCAGGCCGAGUGGAAUCACUACAGGAUAUAAAACCUUCCUCCACAUCCACGACCCGGCCUGGAGGAAGAGAGACCAGAAGAGAGUCGCAGCUCAGAAACAGGAGCAGUUUAAGGUGGAUCCGGAGGGGGGGCUGACUAACCUGCAUUACCAGGUGGAGUCCAGACAGGAGCUGACCAUCAGCGGGGCUCCCUGCACCGUCAUCAACACCAAACUGGAGUGUGACCAGAACGAGACGCCCUGGUGUCUCCUGGCGUAGACGACGGGUGUCGGUUUGAUUUCUGUCCUGUUUGGAUUUUAAGUUUUUAACCAGCAGGUCGACUCGGAUCCUUUUGGGAAAACGCUGGUCGUGGCUCUGAUUUUUGCCAGGGGGCUUUAUUUUGCUGAGAGUUUGUGUUUUUAUUGCUCUGAUGGAUCUGCAGCUGGAGUAUUCUUCAGUGAAACCAAACGUAGCUGCAUUGAGCAGAAAAAUCAGCAAAAGUCAACAGUGUGACUGGAACAAACAGACUUGGACUGAACUGAAGCAGCCUGGAGUUUAACAUUCCUGAGGAUUAAACAAACUACAUUUCCCUUCUGUCAGGUACAACUCCAACAGAACGGCUGUUUUAUAAGCCAGGUAAAAUAUUAUGGUGGAUUAAAACCUUCUGUUAAACUGGUCACUUCAGUAGCAGAGUAUUAACAUUUCUCAACAUGAACUCAGAGUUUUAAUGUGAACAGCUCUGAGCAGACGGUUUGGUGUCUGACCUCAAACCUCAGUGGAUGGAGAUGGACUGUUACACAGAGCCGAACCAAACCGGACUGAGCGGACUGAAAACAGACGAGCAUGACCGACCCUGAGCUGUCUCUGUUGUCUUUUGUUGUUUUCGGUACCUGCUGGCACGGUGUGAAUACAAACAUAAAGUCUUUUUUUUUUUUUUACUUUGGGCUUGUGCAAAAUGGAGCAGAGAUAUUAGAGGGACGGCUGCCGAACAAACGCAUGUUUCAUCUGCCAAAUAUGCAUCAUACUGUAACAUCAGAGGGUUUUUUUAGGUUUCUAUCCAAAUAUAAAAUCACUCAGUGUUUGAUUCCUGAUUUCUAACCUCAGAAAAUCUCAUCUCAUUGUGCUUUAUUUUCCCUCUGAUACUGUUAAAGUGAAGAGAGUGACGUCUAAAGUUUGGUUGAAUCUCUUCUUAUUUAUCGGGGAAAGCAGUGUUUGUAUUUUUAUUUUUUUAGUUCUUACAGAAUAUUUCUCUUUAAUUGGAGGCACUGAAUUUGUCAAAGAAAAAAAAGACAUUUUUUAAUUAUGACUGUUUUUCAUACUUUUUUUUCUCACAACUGCAUCAAAACCAUUGUGAGAUUUGGAUUCUGCAGUUAUGAGAUUCUGAGUCAUAAUUAUGUUAAGGUCCUUUUCUUUGGUUAAUGCAGUAAGUUUCUUCAAACUGAGCCAAACUAAGCCAAACCAGGCUGAACUGAACUGAACUGAACUGUAGUAGAUUAUGACACUGAGAUGUUUCAGCAGCAGGAACUUAACCAGCACUGUUAAUACAAACAUGAAGAAUGAAGUUUAAAGAUGAAAUAGAAUCUGAUCUAUUUUAAAGAGCAGAGGGAGGUCAGUGAUCCCAGAAACACAGGGCAGGUGGUUUAUUAGUGUCGCUGAUCAUUAAAGUUUAGGACAAGUUUAUUUGAAAAUGAAAUAUCAGUUGUUAUCUACACACUUUAAAAUGCACAAGGGUGAGUAGAGAGUGAGAGUAAAAGUUAUCACAAACAGUGUAGCACAUUUUCACCUCUGUUCAAUCAUUACAACAACCUAGUCAGAAAUAAAUGUAAGGUCACCUCUAUGACUGUAUCAUUAUAGGGUAAUUGCAGUUUUUUUAAAUGUAUGAUAAGAAGGAUGAUUUACACCUGCAGACAAUAUUCAGGGCUCAGUUUUCCCACAUUGGAUCAUUUCAGUCUGAAAGACAAAGGUUUAAAAGGGACUUUGAAAAGGUUUUGAAAACAGGGAUAAAGUUCCUGUCAGCUACCAUGUGGUGUCUGUGGGUGGGAAGCUGGUGCAGGACCCUGUCUGUGAACUUUGAGGAUAAAUUAGUCUUUUGUAAUCCAGGCUUUUUAGUUUGAUAUUCAGAGGGCUGCUGACACUGUCUUGUUCUCUGCUGUUGGUGAGUGCUGGUCGGCCUCUGGAUGCUUUGGAGUGUAAAGGCAGUGGAUUUAGAAUAAUAGUCUGUACAUAUACAGACCAUGAUGUCAUGCUGAUUUUAUUUUCCAGAGACAACGGUACCAUGUAUUUGUACAAUAUUCAGUAUUUAUAUAAAUCUGACUCUACAAAAAAUA